GUACGAAAUUCAUUAAUGUUUUAUCCGGAAGGCCAAGAUCAAGUUCCUGAAGAGAAUUCAAGAAGGGCACCAAAACAAAUAGUUCAUGAUGCUACGAGAUUUGAGUCGACGGAUGAAGCUACGAUAAAUAAUCACGCUGCUGCAACUGCGGCUGCAGUUGGCCUAAACCUAGAUGCGACUCCAAAUGAAAGCGCUUCACAAACCCCUCGAGUUGGCGGUUAUAGUUUCGUUUCUGCCACACCGUCUCCCAAUCCUUCACAAAUUGACACCUCAGAGCUUAUGACCUGGGGUAUGAUUGAAGGUAGUCCUUUAUUGAUUGGCGGGGAUCAAACACCAGAGAUUAUUGGAAUGAAUCUUUCAAGCAAUGCUUCCAGAAGUAUUCGUAAGCGUAACUCAUCCAUGAAAUCACCACGAACUCUACAUAGUCCAAUUGCAAGGAUGGCUAGUCCCAAAGUACGCGCGUCUUUAUUAUCACCCGCAGCGCGUAAAUUGCUACGUAAAUCGCAUCUUUCUCCUAAAAUUGGAGUAGAUGUUCAAUUGAGGGCUUCCUACGCAUCUCCAAUAAGAAAAUCACCGUCUACCCCUUUGAAGGAUACCGUCCCGAAAAUUGAUUCUAUGCGAGCAUACGAUGUUACACCUUCCCCCAUAAGGAUUGAUUAG